GCAUUCUGUACGUCUUUUCCGGGGUCCCUUGCAGCAACACCCUUCCAAGAUGGCAGCCAACAGUAGCACCACGGGUAGCAAAUCCAGCAACAACAGCGGUGGGAAACAGUCCGGACCGUCUGCUGAACAGGUGGUGGCGACAUUUCAGAGGAUGCGUCAGGAACAGCGCAGUAUGGCUUCUAAAGCUGCAGAGUUGGAGAUGGACAUCAAUGAGCACAGUUUAGUAAUAGACACCUUGAAGGAGGUGGAUCCGUCGAGGAAGUGCUUUCGUCUAAUAGGAGGAGUGUUGGUGGAGAGGACAGUAAAAGAAGUUCUACCUGCCUUGGAAAACAACAAAGAACAGAUCUCCAAAAUAAUCGAGUCCAUCAACUCACAGAUGCAGACGAAGGGACGGGAACUCACAGAGUACAGGGAACGCUACAACAUACGUUUGGUGGGAGAGGGUGAAGGAGAGGAAAAGGGCCAGUCGGCUGCCCCCUCCAGGGACAGCGAAGGAGGCGCAUCCAAAAGUGGAGCUGGUGUUUUAGUUUCAUAGUUUGUAAGCAUGGACAGUGACAGUAGGGCCCUUUGAUUUCUGCAGUACUGAACACGUAGAUGGAGUCAAAGUUUAGGUGGAAAACAGAAACUCUUUGCAGGAUAACUCUGGAUUUGAAGAUUACUGACAUUUCAGCUUAAUCUAAUACACUUGUUAGUUUGCGGCAGGUGUAUUCUGCUUAUGUUCAGUGUGAAAGUAAAAGCUGUCUUAUGUUUGCCUUUUUUUUAUUGCUGAAAAAAUGUGGCAUCAAUUCAACCCCUGAAUACUUACUCUGUCACACAGGAGCAGGUAAAGAUAAGAUUUUACUCUAAAUGCAUCACGACGCAUCAAAACAAAGCCGUCACAUUCAGCCUCCCUUAGUGACGGUCUGUUUGCCACUGAGCACAUUUAGCUUCACGCAUAAGCCAUGCAGAGAGAGGCUGCUGUUUGUAUAAGCACUCUGAAUGAGGUCAGUUUGUGUUCAGUGGUGCCGAGCCUGGAAGUGUAACUGCCACACCUUAAUUAAAAAAAAACGAAACAACUGAAAACGAAACUGAGGAAAUGCCUCCUAGGACCCGAUGAACACUGUCCACACGGUUAAUGUGUUGUAAGGACUUUUUUUUGUUAGUGUUCAUGAAUAAAAAACAUGUCACAGUUGUG